CCGGUACAUCGGAACUCUUAAGUAGUAUCAGACAUCGAUUGCAGCAUUUAUUAUUGCACUUUCAAUCAGUUUUCUUCGAGGUUUUCGUGUUCUGCAGGCAAUCGUGGUGUUAAUCGAGAAACGCUGUUGCAAAAACAACUUAACAGAAUAUUAUGGUAAUUAUUAUCAUUCCGGUCGAGAAUUUAUAAUAACAAUGAAAAAAAAAAAAACGGAUUUUCGGCUUCUGAUAAAAACCGUGACAAGACGAGAAUCACCAGUGCUGUUAUCACAAAAAAUGAAUGAAAAUAAUGUUAUAAUUUAAUAUUGUAUUCGACGGCUGUGACGAUGGACGUCCGGAUAGGUGAAAGUAAGACGUAAGUACCUGGAAGUGAUCUUUGUUUACUGUAGACUGUUGAAAAUAAUCGAUCCUCGGACGUACGGAGACGAUGAUGUGACACAGCCACCGGGUCAAGUGCCUUUACUUCGCGGAAUUAAAAAUAUCUUUAGCUCACACGUCGUCCUCGAGUGCCGCGCACACUGUGAUCUAGCCGAAUUCAAUUUCGCCCACACCCAGACAUGACCACCAAACGGAGCACUCGGUCCGGGUCGAUCGAAUCGAAUUACAUACCUUCUUCGGGUUUGGCCAUGAGACAUGAGACCAAAGGCACGCUGCUUGUCAGGGAACCGACGACCGUGUUCAACAUAUUCCUGACCGUGUUGCUGUUUGCGUGCAGAAAGUAUCUGUUUUUCUCGACGCACAAACGGCUGUUCGUGUACUUGAUCCUGCUGGUCGCGUCCGUGGUCGGUGACUUCAUCAGGUUCCCGAAAAUUUACUUCGCCAACAGCGACACGUUUCUCAACCAGUACCUGGUCAAGCUGGGUUGGUUCUGGACGGUUCUGUGGACGCUGUCGUUUCUGAUAACGACCAGCAAGGUGUUCUGCCUCAACUCGCGACCAAGCAUUAUCGUGCACGCCACUCGUCUGGURGUCGCCACAUUUUUCUGGUACUUUUGGACAAACGCCUUCAAUCGACUCGAAGAUUAUUACGGCAAGUGUUCGGCGGGCAGAGGACUGACCCGAUUGGCGUGCAAGUCUGCUGGCCACGUGUGGAAAUCGUUUGACAUAUCCGGUCACGUUUUCAUACUCAUCUAUAGUACACUGGUGAUGAUAAGUGAAGCUAGGCCAAUCGUUGGCUGGGAUAAAAUUCAAGAUGUCUUGAGAAAUGAAGAGAACGCUCGCAAAGAAGGCAAAAGUGUGGCGACCACAUUUAGCAGUCUUAAAGAAAACCAACUGCAAGAGAUGAAAGCAGUUUACAAGAAGAUGACGCCUUAUGUACAAGUUUUAUUCAUUGUAAUCACAGUUUUUGUCGCUAUUUGGGAGCUAAUGCUCAUCACAACAAUGAUGUAUUUCCACACAAUGCCUGAAAAACUACUGGCAGGCAUAGUGGCCAUGUCAACGUGGUUUGUGACAUACAUGGUCUGGUACAGUUCAUCAUUUUUGCCCCCACUGCCUGGUGACGGAUUCUUUAAAUAUCAAGCACUUCAAAAGAGUGAAGUAGGUAUUUAGGUUCUUUUUAUGGUGUCAUGACAAAUAUAUUGGUGUUUUGUAUUUUUUUUUUUCAAUAAAAAAAUCUGUAUGUUUAUUUACGGGUAAUGUGCUAUAUUAUAU